UCCCUGCUCUCUCAGUUACUGAAAGUGGCCGCCUCUCUGCUGCUACCGACUCGAUGCUCACGGUCUCUCUCCUUACUCAGAACCGCCAUUUUGGAGACAGAGAGCUGAGAGUCAGCUGCAGCAGAGACAGAGCAAAAACGGCGGACACGGGGGACAAGUGAUUGCCCUUCUUGGGCUCUGUACAUCUACCUAUGGCCUCUGAGCAGGAUGUCGUGGGAGACGCCCCAUGCUCAAAAUUGGCCAAGCCACUUCACCUUCAGUACCUUGAGCGAUCCCUUCGACUAGACACCUUUCUAAGGCAGACUGCUGCUAUUUUUAAUCAGAAAAAUUCCAGUGAUGACAGUGAUGAUGGUUUGGACGAGGGGUCUUCUCUGGCCCCGACUAACCCACUGCUGGCAGUGAAAAAAGAUCCAGACGAAGAGUCCAAGGUUUCCUGCAGAGAUGGAGAGAUUGAACGUGGAACUCUCAAUGGAGCUCUGUUGCAAGAGCACAAAGCUGACAAGGCCAGUCUGUAUAACUUCUCCAAGCUUAAGAAAAGCAGAAAAUGGCUAAAGGGGAUCUUGCUGAGCGACGACACCACAGAUUCAGAUACAGACUCAGAUGAUUCUGACUUCACACUUUCGCGAGAGGAACUGCAGGACAUGCUGCGCCUACACAAGUUCACCAAACUCCACCAGAGCAAGUUCCACUCAGAACAAGAGCUGCAGCAUUACCAACACUACAGCACAGGCCUACUGUCCACUCAUGAUCCUUUCUACGAGCAGCAGCGCCACCUAUUGGGCCUCAAGAAAAAGAAAAUUAAGGAAGAGAAGAAAUCCAAGUUAAAAAAGAUGAAGAAGAAGAAGAAACGAGGAGAGGAAUUCUCCAUGGAGGGUCGGCCACAUGUUACUAAAAUCUUUGCUAAGUUUUCCCACGAUGCACCUCUUCCCAUGAUAAAAAAGAAGCACUUAACCAUUGAGCAGCUUAACGCACGAAGGCGAAAGGUCUGGCUCACUAUUGCCAAAAAAGAAAUCCCAAAGGCAUUUAAACAAAAAGUUUCAGCCAGGAACUUUGUUUUAACUAAUGCCAGGAAGCUAGCACACCAGUGCAUGCGUGAAGUCCGGAGAGCUGCCAUCCAAGCACAGAAGAACUGUAAAGAGACGCUGCCACGGGCACGCCGCCUGACUAAGGAGAUGCUGCUUUACUGGAAGAAGUACGAGAAAGUGGAGAAGGAACACCGUAAGCGUGCUGAGAAAGAAGCUCUCGAGCAACGCAAGCUGGACGAGGAGAUGCGGGAGGCUAAGCGGCAGCAGAGGAAGCUGAACUUCCUGAUCACUCAGACAGAGCUGUAUGCCCAUUUUAUGGGGGGGAAGCAGAAUGCAGAAGACGGCACCCAAGAGGACAUCCUAUGCAAGCUUGAAGACAGCAGCGCACAGAGGCAGAUCGAUAUAGGUGGAGGGGUUAUGGUCAACGUUGGUCAGGACUAUGAUAGUGAAUAUUACAAAUCUCAGGCCUUAAAGAACGCAAAGGAGGCAUACCAGAUCCACCAGGCCAGAACCAGACUGUUUGACGAAGAAGCAAAAGACAGUCGCCAUGCAUCCCAGCAUGCUGCUAGCGCUUCCAGCUCAGGGUUUGGCGAGAGCUACAGCCUGUCAAACCCCUCUAUUCAAGCAGGUGAAGAUAUCCCCCAGCCCACCAUCUUUAAUGGGAAACUCAAGGGUUACCAGCUCAAAGGCAUGAAUUGGCUUGCCAAUCUUUAUGAACAGGGCAUUAAUGGCAUUUUGGCUGAUGAGAUGGGGCUGGGCAAGACAGUCCAGUGCAUUGCUCUGCUCGCUCACCUGGCAGAGAGGGAAAACAUCUGGGGACCUUUCUUGAUCAUCUCCCCGGCCUCAACACUCAACAACUGGCAUCAAGAGUUCUCCCGCUUCGUCUCUAAAUUCAAGGUGCUACCGUAUUGGGGGAACCCACAUGAUCGUAAAGUCAUUCGAAAAUUUUGGAGCCAGAAAACCCUGUAUACCCAGAAUGCACCGUUUCAUGUGGUGAUCACCAGUUAUCAGCUGGUGGUGCAGGAUGUGAAGUAUUUCCAGAGGGUGAAAUGGCAGUAUAUGGUUUUGGAUGAGGCCCAGGCACUCAAAAGCAGCACCAGUGUCCGCUGGAAGAUUCUUCUUCAGUUCCAGUGUAGAAACCGCCUCCUGCUAACAGGGACUCCGAUCCAGAACACAAUGGCUGAGCUGUGGGCCCUGCUUCACUUCAUCAUGCCGACUCUGUUUGACUCCCACGAGGAGUUUAAUGAGUGGUUCUCCAAGGACAUUGAGAGCCACGCCGAGAACAAAUCAGCUAUUGAUGAAAACCAGCUUUCCAGAUUGCACAUGAUCCUGAAGCCAUUUAUGCUACGACGAAUAAAAAAGGAUGUGGAGAAUGAGCUGUCUGACAAGAUCGAAAUCCUGAGGUACUGCCAGGUGACCAGCAGACAACGGCUGCUCUACCAAGCUCUGAAGAACAAGAUCUCUAUUGAGGACCUGCUGCAGUCGUCCAUGGGUUCAGCCCAGCAGUCUCAUAACACCACCAGCAGCCUCAUGAACCUUGUCAUGCAGUUCAGAAAGGUAUGUAACCACCCGGACCUGUUUGAGCGUCAGGAGAUACGCUCACCUUUCCACAUGUCCCUGAAGCCCUUCGUCAUGUCCAAGUUCAUGUUCCGACACGGUGUCCUCUGUACAUCUGGCCACGGGAAAACCAAGCUGACGCAGACCCUGCUCUCUCCGUUCUCUGCUCAGCACAUUCACCAGUCCUUGUUUCACAGAAAAACUGAGAAUAAAGCCAGCAGCUUUUCCUUCCUACGUUUCAUUGACGUUUCUCCCGCUGAGAUGUCCAACAUCAUGCUUCAGGGGACUCUAGUGAGGUGGUUAGCCCUAUAUCUGUCCUUCAAGUCAGCCUACAGGCUCCACCACAGCCGCUUAUCAGACAAAGUGGAGGAGAAUGAGGCUAAAGAGAAUGCUGGGUUGGGCAAACAUUGUCUUUCACGCAGAGAUCUCAUCCUGUGGAUAAACCGGCCAACAUCGUUCCCAAACGUCCAUAACAGUGCUGUUCUACAGGAUUUAUUGUUCACCUCCACAAGGCCGUUGCUGCUUAGUCACACCGACGUGAAGAUCCACAGCAGACGCUCCUCGGCUCACACGUUCAGACCAUGCCAACCCACCUCACCACCCAAGUUUUUAUUCGCCGUCACACCCAGGGUAACUUCAGUUCCCAUGGAACGAUACUGUGUGGACCGGAGUGCUGAGUAUGAAUGGAGAUUAAUACGUGAUGGUGGAAGCCUCAUUGCUAAACAGUGCUUCCUGUACGGCUCUCCCGAGCUGGCUCGUGCCUGGGCUCAACGCUCUCAGGCCUUCCACCCGCUUAGCCCAGGGGGCGUCAUGGCCCUGCAGCAGAGACACGGCUGGUCCUUUAUAAGGAUUCCAGACAAAGAGUCUCUCAUCACAGACAGCGGGAAGCUUCAUACACUAGACCUGCUGUUGACUCGACUCAAGUCUCAAGGCCAUCGAGUUCUCAUCUACUCUCAGAUGACCCGCAUGAUAGACCUUUUAGAGGAGUACAUGGUGUACCGCAAGCAUACCUACAUGCGGCUGGAUGGGUCAUCCAAGAUUUCGGAACGUCGGGACAUGGUGGCCGACUUCCAAAGCCGGACGGAUAUUUUUGUCUUCCUUCUCAGUACCAGAGCCGGAGGUCUGGGGAUAAACCUGACAGCUGCAGACACGGUGAUAUUCUACGACAGUGACUGGAACCCUACGGUUGAUCAGCAGGCCAUGGAUCGAGCCCACAGACUAGGACAAACCAAGCAGGUCACCGUUUAUCGGCUCAUCUGCAAGGGCACUAUUGAGGAACGCAUCUUACAGAGGGCCAAAGAAAAGAGUGAGAUUCAGAGAAUGGUGAUAUCAGGAGGAAACUUUAAACCUGAUACACUGAAGCCCAAAGAGGUUGUCAGCCUGCUGCUUGAUGAUGAGGAGCUGGAGAAAAAAUUGCGAUUACGGCAAGAAGAGAAACGGCAGCAGGAGGAGAGCAGUAAGGUGAAAGAACGGAAGAGGAAAAGGGAGAAGUAUGCAGAAAGGAGGAGAAAGGAGGAUGAUCCAGACAGUAAGAGGAGGAAGGAGGGUGUGAAUGUGGUUAUUCCUUAUGUCCCAUCUGCAGACAACUCUAACCUGUCAGCGGAUGGAGAAGACUCAUUCAUCAGCGUUGACAUGGACUCAGCCAUGCCCAGCCCCUUCAGUGAGAUCUCCCUCAGCAGUGAGCUCCAGCCCAGCUCCAUUCCUGCAGACGAGAGCAGCAGUGAUAUGCUUGUGAUCGUGGACGAGCCCACGUCUUCUGCUCCACAGUCCCGUGCCACCAACUCCCCAGCAUCCAUCACCGGCUCUGUGUCUGAUACGAUGAAUGGUGUCUCCCAAGAUAUGUCGAGUCCUGGCAAGGGAAGGUCUGGGCGGAGUCGGGGACGACCCAAAGGCUCUGGAGGAGCUGGAAAAUCUUCUGUGAGGAAGGGCAGGGGACGUAAGUCGACAGCGGGUAGCGCCGCAGCCAUGGCAGGAGCGAUGGCAGGAGCAGCCGCUGCCUCUGCAGCCGCAUAUGCAGCGUAUGGAUACAAUGUUUCUAAAGCUAUUCCAGCAAGUGGCUCCACGCAACCCGCUCUCAUUCGGUCUUCAGCCACACCUGCCUUUGUUUCGGCUGGCACCUCUUCCCCCCAGGCAAAGGGAAGCGCUAUGACCACCAGCUCACAGACGUUAGCGCAUGGCAGUUCACAAAGCCAUGCUAAGAAAGCUAAAGGACCCAGCAACCACACCGGCCGGUAGCAUCCUGCGUAGAGAAUUCGAGUUUUUGAUUGUAGCGUGGCCAGUACAUUUUUAAGUCCAAGAGUGGCGGUUUUCAUGGUUAUGAUGUUGAUCCGCUGUCGCACCACAAACCCAAUCAUCUCGAUAAAACCAGCCCCGAUUUAGUAGCGAUCCCUGAUUCAUUCCACUGACGCCAAGCUAUUUGAGAAGUUACUGGCUUUCCCAAAACUAAAGAAUAGGAAUUGUAGCCUUUUGGAUCCAAAACAAGAAUUUGGAUAAUUUAAUUUAGAUGAUUUAUUCCUUAAUGCAUAUGAAAGAGAAUUUCAACAUUAUAAAGGUGAUAGAACAGUGUGUUAUACCACUAACAGAUGUUCCUUGUUUUCUAAUGACACAGUAACCAAAGUGUGACAGGGCUGAAGGAGGUUUCUGUAAAAAAAUCAUUUCUGGAAUUUGUUAUGAGGAGGACAUCAUCAUUGUGAGCAGAAACAGAGUUUAAACUGGAGUAUUAAAAGGAAAGGGGUGUUGGGGAGUAUUUGAUUAAGCAUCCUUUUGAACAAAUUCUUUACAAAUAUGAACAGAUGAGACUGCUCUUAUUUUUGUAGAACAGACUUGUUGGCAUUUGUUCUAAUAUCAGAAAACCGAAUAGCCUUGUCUUUCUAAGUUCAUUUGCUGCAUAUUCAAAGAUUUUGGCUUAAAUGCUAAUAUAUUUUCCUGUGGAAGGAGUAAAAUAAAUCAACGUGUUUUGCAGUAAAUACAAUGAAAGAUUUCCUGAAGUAGUGAGUGCUGCUCAAAAAAUGUCACUACGGACGAGUCAGGCGUGACAUAAUAACUUGGAUGUGAAAUGUAUCAUAGCUUAAGUUAAAACUUGGUAAUUUAUGAUGAUUUGUGCUAUAUUUGUGUGAAUAUUGUAUUGAAACGGUGUUAUUUUUAAACAACAUGAACCGUUCAUGAUUUUCUUGCAUUUGUGACAUGAGGCUGUUUUUUUGAGAAGGGCCCUGUCGACCCCUAAAUUUGUCUUUAAAUGCCAUGAUAGAUGUUAUAUGUAUGUAAAUACUUAAAAGGUAUCUUCACUCUCAAAGUUCUCAAUUUUUCUCCUACUGCUUGUCUAUUUUUAUAGGUCAAUGUAAAUACUUGAUGACAAAUCCCAAAUGAUCCUUUUACUAAAAAGAUUGAAAUAAAAACCAAUUCAAUUACA